UUGGAUUAUGAUUUCCCCUCUGUGCACGAGCGUGUACGCGCGCACGUGAGAGUGUAAAAAAAAAAAGUGUGUGUCGUGUGCGAGAAAGUGUGCGUUUUCGUGUUUCUGCGCGUGCCUGUCCAGACGGGAAUUUUGUGACGAGUUUUCCACACGUGUUAAAACCAGCCCGUGAUUCAUUGCAUUCACUUCUCAGACGCACCCCCCCCCACCACCACCACCCCACCAAAAUCCGUUCACGCAGAUUUUUCCACGCAGUCCGACUAAAGAGAACCGGAAGUUCUCUUGUUACCUUUCGCACAGGGCACAGCAAAAAGCAGGAUUUUGACAUAUACCCACGAUGUGCGCGUUACUAAUUUACAAUCACGCUGAAGAGAACAAAAUGUGUGUGUGUGUGUGGGGGGGGGGUUACUUUCCGGAUGCAAAAAUGUAUUUUAACAGCGCUUCACUUCACACUUCCGGUUUUGGAAAUAAAUUUCAGUCCAUCGAGUAGACAUACCCCGAAUUUUUGCAAUCAAAAGGCUUCAUUGUAGUCUUAAUUUUUCACAUCGUAUUAAAACUCGGAAAGGGGUGUGUAGACUUUUUAUACCCGCUGCAUCUGCAAAAUCCGAUUCAACGUGAUGUGUCCCGACAGGCUUCUGCGCCUUUGCAGUGUUGCUAAUGAGAUUUAAGUGUCGAAUAAAAGGAAGGAGUGUCCACAACCUCUCAUCCUCAUGUGAAGGUUUUUUUUUUUUCGCCUCAAUGCAAUUUAAGAUAUUACAUAAAAGCAUAUUUGAACCACUCGGAACUGUUUAACCACGAGACGUGUUUACCGUACGGACAUUUUUUGCAGACGGACGCACUGUUGAACCCGUGAAAACAAAUUGCAAAAAUCGACAGCGAAACGUCUGUUGGGAGGUCGGCGCUAGGGCCGCGCGAACCUCCAUCCAGUCCAGCCUUCCAUCCAGGCAGGGAGGCAGCGAGGGUCCGCUUCCUCCUCCUCCUCUUCCUCCUCCUCCUCCUCCUCCUCUUCUUUUUCCUCCUUUCUCCUUCAUCGCCAUCGACGCUCUUCUCCGUGCUUGUCCCUCUUCUCGAGCCAGACGAAAAGGAGCCGCUCCGCCCGCCUCGUCCGUGCCAGGGCUCCGGAGCGCGCGCGCGCGCCCUCCCCUCACCCCCUUCCCCCUUCUCCUCCUCCCCCCCCGGUCCGCUCCUGCGUAUGGGCUCACCAUGCGCAGGAUUCGGGCCAACGCCAUCGCGAUCCUGACCGUCGCCUGGAUCUUGGGCACCUUUUACUACCUGUGGCAGGACAGCAAGCCGGCGGCGGCGGCGUCCGCGCCCUCGUCCGCCGGGAGGCACCCGCACCUGGGAGGCGGGCGCCUGGAUCUCCAUCGGGACGACAGGACCAUCCCGCUUAUCGUGAGCCAACCCCCGCGUGGUGACCAUCAGGACCUCCCGCUGGGCGGCCUGGACGAGAACAAGUACCUGGACGCCAAGCAGCUGAUGCCCGGGGACGACCCGUACCGAGAGCACGCCUUCAACGUCGUCGAGAGCCACCGCCUCGGAGCGCAGCGACCGCUCAGGGACACCAGACACUACAGAUGCGCUUCUGUAAACUACGACGCGGACCUUCCGCCCACCAGCAUCAUCAUCACCUUCCACAACGAGGCUCGCUCCACGCUGCUGCGCACCGUCAAGAGCGUCCUGAUGCGGAGUCCGCCGCAGCUCAUCCACGAAAUCAUCCUGAUCGACGACUUCAGCGCCGACGCCGACGACUGCCAGCUGCUCGCUCGGAUCCCCAAAGUGCGCUGCCUGAGGAACGGCAGGAGAGAGGGACUUAUCCGGUCGCGCGUUCGCGGAGCCAACUCCGCCUCGGCCCCCAUCUUGACUUUCUUGGACAGCCACUGUGAGGUGAACACUGAUUGGCUGCAGCCGAUGAUUCAGCGGGUCAAGGAGGACCAUACGCGAGUCGUGAGCCCCAUCAUCGAUGUCAUCAGCCUGGACAACUUCGCUUACUUGGCCGCCUCGGCCGACUUGAGAGGAGGAUUUGACUGGAGUCUCCACUUUAAAUGGGAGCAGAUUCCCCUCGAGCAGAAAAUGGCCAGGAGUGACCCCACGCAGCCCAUCAGGACGCCGGUGAUUGCCGGUGGUAUCUUUGCAAUGGACAAGAGUUGGUUCAACCAUCUUGGACAGUACGACACCCACAUGGACAUCUGGGGUGGGGAGAACUUUGAGCUGUCGUUCCGUGUGUGGAUGUGCGGCGGGAGUCUGGAGAUUUUGCCGUGCAGCCGCGUGGGUCACGUCUUCCGGAAGCGACACCCGUACGACUUCCCGGAAGGCAACGCGCUCACCUACAUCAAGAACACGCGGCGGGCCGCCGAGGUGUGGAUGGACGAGUACAAGCAGUACUACUACUCGGCCAGGCCUUCGGCGCAGGGAAAAGCUUUCGGCAGCAUCGCCGACCGUCUGACGCUGCGGCGGAAGCUGAACUGCAAACCUUUCCGCUGGUACAUGGAGAACGUCUACCCCGAGCUCAGGGUUCCCGAGCAGGACGCCGUGUCCAGCGUUCUCAGGCAGGGAACGCUGUGCCUGGAGACUCGCGGGGCGGACGGACUCGGCCUGGCGGAGUGCAAGGUGGUCCGGGGCAGCAGGCCGCAGGCGCAGAGGUGGGAGCUCAUCGAGCCGCUGAUCCGCCAGCAGGAUCUCUGCUUGGCCGUCACGCUCUUCACCGCCGGGUCAAAGGUCACCAUGGAGCCCUGCAACGCCAAAGAGCCUCGACAGAAAUGGAAACCCAAAGGCUCGGCCCUGCAGCACGCCGUCAGCGGUCUGUGUCUGGACAGCCAGAGCCCACCCGGGCCGCCCGUGGUCGCCCAGUGUCGCCCUCUGUUGGCCGGCCAGGCCUGGGACGCUCAGAUCAUCACCUGAGGGAGUAGCAGAAUGGGGGGGGGCGCGUUCCGGAGACUUUGGCCUUGCUUCUAGAGCAGUGUAGGAUGCUCCAUCUUUAAAGGAGGUUGCAGCUCUUCUGUUUGUUUGGUUUUUUUUUUUUUUCUACAUUUACGCGUUUAUUCCCGAAAUGGGACACAUUAUGUAAAUUGGACUUCUUAAUGUUUGUACAGUGAACCACCGUAGUUGCAAAUUCAGCUAUUUGCAUAUUUUCCGGGAGGAAACUAAAUGUCCGAAAUCCGCCGUGUUUGCGUGCAGGCCAAAGCCAUGUUGAAUAUGUCAUAAUAUUGCUUUGGCGCCAUCUAGUGGCAUUUUGGAGCCAAGGAACUAUGUUGAAGUGAAAGAAGGAGCUUCAUUUAGGCCCAUCUAUUAAGAAAAAAAAAACCCUUUUUUUUUUUGCCAUUUUGCGGCAGUUUAUUUUUGAGAUGAAACAACCAAGUGAAUCAUAAUCCAGUUGUUUGUGAAAAUGUCAAUUUAUCAAAAAUUCAAUUAAUUAAUUAACCACACCCACAGCCAGUAUCUCCACCAAUGAUAUGAUCAGUGAAUCCGGGAAAAGAUCCACCGUGCCCCGAAGCGCUAGCAUGUUGAAGCUAAAAGGUUAGCAUUAGCUUCUGAUAAAAAAAAUGCGCGGCCCGCUUAUUCCCGGGAACUUUAAGGGGACUCUCUCCUCUGUUAUUCACUAAAAAUCUCACCUAAUCAAGGGUUAUUUAUGCUCACAAUAUCUGGUAGCAUUCUUGUUAAAGAAGAAUGAUGGAUAUGAGUAUGAAGUAUGAGUUGAAGCGUUAAUUAGCCAUAAGCGGUGCUUUAGCGUCAUCUUGCGGCGUGAAUUAUUAUUUUUUUGUGGGCGGUAAGUCAACUGUUUGCUGCUUUUCCUCUUUGCAGUGGUGGUGGUGGUGGUGGUGGGGGGGGGCAAAUCCGGAAGUCCACCGUAGCCCAAAGCGCUAGCAUGUCAAAGCUAAAAGGUUAGCAUUAGCUUCAGAUAAAAAAAUGCGCGCCCCGCUUAUUCGUGGGAAUUUUAAGGGACUCUAUCCUCUGUUAUUCACUAAAAAUCUCACCUAAUCAAGGGUUAUUUAUGCUCACAAUAUCUGGUAGCAUUUUUGUUUUAAAGAAAUAUGACGGGUAUGAGUAUGAAGAGUGAGUUAAAGCGUUAAUUAGCCAUAAGCGGCGGUUUAGCGCCAUCUUGCGGCGACAAUUAUUAUUUUUUGGUGCAGUCAACUAUUUGCUGCUUUUCCUCUUUGCAAGGGGGGGGGGGGGGGAGUUCCUAAUGGUGUUCUCUAAUCAUCAAUACCAAAUAAACAGUUAAUAUAAAUGAAUCUGAUAGAAUCUGAUUUUGCAAUAAUUUUUCAUGCAAAACUAAAAUGCACAAUGUAAUGUUUCCUUUAAAAAAAAUGUAAAAAAGAUUGAUGGGCGUAAAGCUAAAGCCAGGUAAUAGUUUUUUAUUUAUUGUUCUGCAUGGUUGCACCCAAAGAAUGUUCUUUUUUUUUUUCUUCUUCUUGUCCUGUCAUAAACAUGAUAUGGAAAUACCUAAAGCGUAUAUUUGCUUGAUAUUUUCUUUGAGUGUGCGUGUGUGUGAAGUGCGCCUGACAAAUAAAAUGUAAUAAC